GUGUGUUGUUCGUAAAUCAAGAUGGCGGUGUCUCCUGACAGCGGAGUGCUCUCCUAUAGUGUUUAUAAAUGGAGCUCGUACUCCUCUACGUAUUUACCCGAGAAUGUUUUAGUGGACAAACCUAAUGAUCAAUCUUCCAGGUGGUCAUCUGAGAGCAACUACCCUCCGCAGUACCUAAUCUUAAAACUGGAGAGACCAGCUAUUGUUCUGAGCAUCACCUUUGGCAAAUAUGAAAAAACCCAUGUGUGCAACCUGAAGAAGUUCAAGGUGUUUGGUGGCAUGAGUGAAGAAAACAUGACGGAACUCUUGUCCAGUGGCCUUAAGAAUGACUUCAACAAGGAGACAUUCACACUAAAGCACAAGAUCGAUGAGCAGAUGUUCCCCUGCAGGUUCAUUAAAAUAGUGCCUCUGAUGUCGUGGGGGCCCAGUUUUAACUUCAGCAUCUGGUAUAUUGAGUUACACGGCAUAGAAGAUCCAGAUGUUGUCCAGCCCUGCCUUAACUGGUACAGUAAGUACCGUGAACAGGAGGCCAUCCGCCUGUGUCUGAAACACUUCCGUCAGCACAACUACACGGAAGCCUUCGAGUCCCUGCAAAAGAAAACACGCAUCGCCCUGGAGCAUCCCAUGCUCACACACCUUCACGAGCGGCUGGUCCUGAGAGGAGACUUUGAUGCCUGUGAAGAGCUCAUAGACAAAGCCGUGAGAGAUGGUUUGUUUAAUCAGUACAUCAGCCAACAGGAUUAUAAACCACGUUGGAGUCAGAUCAUCCCCAAAUGUAACAAAGGUGAUGGUGAUGAUAACAGGCCUGGCAUGAGAGGAGGUCAUCAAAUGGUCAUUGAUGUUCAGACAGAAACCGUGUAUCUGUUUGGAGGCUGGGAUGGAACGCAGGACUUGGCCGACUUCUGGGCCUACAGUGUGAAGGAGAACCAAUGGGCCUGUAUCUCCAGGGACACAGAGAAAGAGAAUGGACCCACUGCUCGCUCAUGCCACAAGAUGUGCAUCGAUUCACAACGGAGGCAGAUCUACACGCUGGGCCGUUAUCUGGACUCCUCUGUCAGAAACAGCAAGUCCCUGAAGAGUGACUUCUACUGCUAUGACAUUGACGUCAACACGUGGACCCUGCUCAGUGAGGACACGUCUGCCGAUGGGGGGCCCAAACUUGUGUUUGACCACCAGAUGUGCAUGGACUCCGAGAAGCACAUGAUAUACACUUUUGGCGGACGGAUUCUGACUUGCAACGGCAGUGUUGAUGACAGCAGAACGUCUGAACCUCAGUUCAGCGGGCUCUACGCAUAUCACUGUCAAGCUGGAAGCUGGAGUCUGCUCAGAGAGGACUCGUGUAACGCCGGGCCAGAGGACAUCCAGUCACGCAUCGGACACUGCAUGCUCUUCCACACGAGAAAUCGUUGCCUGUACGUUUUCGGAGGUCAGAGGUCCAAAACUUACUUGAAUGAUUUCUUCAGUUACGAUGUUGAUGGUAACCAUGUGGAGAUCAUCUCAGAUGGCACCAAGAAGGACUCAGGCAUGGUGCCAAUGACGGGGUUCACACAGCGUGCCACUAUUGACCCGGAGCUGAACGAGAUUCAUGUUCUAUCAGGACUCAGCAAAGACAAAGACAAACGUGAGGAGAACGUACGCAACUCAUUCUGGAUCUACGACAUUGCACGCAACAACUGGUCUUGUGUUUAUAAGAAUGACCAGGCGGUGAAAGAAAACCCCACUAAGGCCCUGCAGGAAGAAGAACCAUGUCCUCGUUUUGCACACCAGCUAGUCUAUGAUGAAUUGCACAAGGUGCAUUACCUUUUCGGUGGAAACCCUGGGAAGUCCAGCUCUCCUAAAAUGCGAUUGGAUGAUUUCUGGUCCCUAAAGCUUUGCCGACCUUCCAAAGAAUAUCUGCUUCGACACUGCAAAUAUCUCAUUCGCAAAUACAGGUUUGAGGAGAAGGCUCAGACGGAGCCCCUGAAUGCACUGAAGUAUCUACAGAAUGACCUGUCUCUUACCGUAGACCAUUCAGAUCCUGAUGAGACGAAAGAGUUCCAGCUCUUGCCCUCUGCUCUGUUCAAAUCCAGCUCAGACUUCAUUCCUCUAGGAUUUUCAGACGUGGAUCAGACGUACGCCCAGCGCACACAGCUCUUUGACACGCUUGUUAACUUCUUCCCCGACAAUAUGACCCCGCCCAAGGGUAACCUUGUUGACCUCAUCACCAUGUAGCCAUGCCCACACACAUUAAACCACACCCUCUGAAGCCUCUCAGACUCCUCCCACCCAAAACCAGAAUUAUUUUUCUACAUGUUCCAUGCGAGGUGUGCCAUGCCCACCUGUUUUUCCACUUCUACAGACCACUUAAACAUCACUGAUACAUAUUUAAAAUGCAAAAAUAUACUUUUCUACUCUGAAGUGCCAGGGUUUUUUUUUUUUUUUAAAGUGGUGUCCCAGUGAAUAGAAGUUGAAAUUCUACAUAUCUGCCAAAAUACAAAGUUUUUUUUUUUUUUAUCUGCUUAGUUCCAAGUCUAUUUCAGUUUUAUCAUUUGAGUUUUUUUCUCUUGAUUAUAGUCUCUUGAUUUCUCUUGGUUGAAAUAUCCAAGUCAUAAAUCUGAACAGUUUACAUUGUAAAAGGAGUGGAUUUGAUUUAUGAACAAUUUGUGAUCAAAAGGGGUUCCUUUCCACCUUGCUCUCUUAAAUCCCUUUUUUAUGGAUAAACAUACGUGCGUAAAGCUGGUCAAGGCGGUAGAAGCAAAGAUCAGAGCUGCCUCCCAGAGUCUGUUUUCUGAUUCCAGAGGCUGUUAAUGGAGUCAGUUGAUUACAUUUUUGAUUUAUCAAAUGUGAACCACUCUUAGGCAUAUGUCCAUUCUCAAUACUGGAUUUAGAUGCUGGCUUCCAUUUUAAAUUGAGUGCUGCUAUUGGAUGCUGUCAUGACAUCAUUGUUUCUUCAAUAGUGAUUAGACAUCGAACACCACAACUACAAGUUGCCAUCCACAAAUCUGGCAAGGAAUAUAAAAACAUGUUUAAAGGUAAAUGUGUAGUGUACACAUUUAGAUGCACAAGAAAUGUUUUCCACUGUGUGUGUGUGUGUGUGUGUGUGUGUGUGUGUGUGUGUGUGUGUGUGUGUGUGUGUGUGUGUGUAAAGGAAGGCAAAAAUUGGUAGCACUUUUAUAACAGAUCAUUACACUUAUAUCUAUUAGAAAGAUACUCUGACCACCUUACCACAAUUGGAAAAAAAUGAAGAAGUGGGUAAAUGAAUCCCAUUGAGUUCUUGAAGUUCUCUAGCAAUGUAGAUUGCUGAUUGUGUUUGCUAAAGGUUUUGUCCACGUGUGGCUGCUUUUUUCUGAAAUUCGAUAUAGUCCGGUUCCAUACUGCUAUGUUACAUAGACUGUUCAGCUUUCAAUGUGAAACUUACUGGUACCAGCUCAAAGGAGCUUUAUUUGGACCACUGAAUACUGAAUUGCCCCUCACUAUUUAUUACUAUUAAUAUUAAUUAUUAUUAUAAUUUCAUUGAGAUGUUUAUGUGCCCUUCAUUCCGUAUGAGUUUUAGAUUGUUUACAAUCCUGGACAGACAGACAAAAGCAUGUUGGAGGGUUGUCUUCCAUGUGGUUAAGUGUGUAAAUGAGCGGUGCAUAUCUUUUUUUGAAGCUCAGAAAACUUGCGCUGCAUUUGUUUGUCACAUUAGUUUGACAAAAGUUUUGUUUUUCUCCCUGUGCACAAUGAGUAUGAAGUGUUUGCCCUAUUCUUAUGGAAAAAUAUUCCUGUAAUUCAUUUUAAAUUUGCUUUAGACUUGACCUAACCCAUGCAAAAAGUUUUUAAAGGCUUAAAGAACAAUGUGAACUAUGCUUCAUUCUGCUUAGUGAGGUUCUCCCAACCUCACUAGGUGUCAUGGUUCAGUCCCUCUGAACUCAGUAUUAGCUUUUGUUUUGGUUCUGUGCAGUGAGAUGUAUAUCUGUAUAGAUAUACCUAAAGGGUUAGCUCACCCAAAUAUGAAAGUUCUGUCAUAAUUCACUCCCCCUCAUGUUGUUCUAAACCCACAUGACUUGCUUUUUUCAGUGCUAUGAAAGUGAAUGGUGAAUGACGGGGUAACAUUCAGCCUUACAUCACCUUUUAUGUUCCACGGAAGAAAGCAAGUCAUAUGGGUUUGGAACAACAUGAGGGUGAGUUUUCAUUUUGGGUGAACUAUCCUUGGGAACUCACCAGAGUGGAAAUGUGACAUCUCCAUGAUUAGCCCAUUUGUGAUUUGUUUGAUUAAUCGUGAUCGAUUUCCUUCCUGGAAUGGAAAUUAUUUGCGUGUUCACGAUUUGGAUUUCAGGGCUUUCUUUGACUUUAGUUGUUAGAAUUGUCUUUAUGCCAGGAAGAAAUGGGAAAAAAAUUAAAUCAAGGAUAAACUAGAGGAUUUACACUUAUAACCAGAGAAUUAUCUCUCAGUCAAUGCCAAAUACAUUUUCUUGCUUUUGGUGUACAUUUCUGAAGUAUCAGAGAUGAAAUUUCAGGUUCUCUUUUCCUCCUUCCUGGAAAUUCUCAUCUCUGUGCGUCCCCUCAGCUCUUGAGCGUGGACGGUGAGAUGUCAGCACUACACUGUGGCUCUCAUGAAUGUGUAGAAACUAUUAAAGAACUGCAUUGUAUGUAAUGUACAUAAAGAAUAAAGAUUGUAUUUUGUUCAA